ACGGAUAUCCCGUGCUCGGGGAGUAGGCAGCAGUGAACACUGCGUAGGAACCCUAUCAAUUGGAACGCAUCUAGAGUGUCCAUCGUCUGGACUUUUCUACCGGAAUUAGUAGACGAUCCAGGAGUCUUUGGAAUACUACUUUCAACAUACUACGAUUUUGUACACAUGUAUUCUACUUUCGAAUACUAUUGAGGACGGAUAGUAUGCGGAUUGGGACGCAGCACUGCUCUUUGGAGCAACGUGAGCAGUGACGUGAAAAUGGGAAAUCGAAACUAACAUGUAUUUUCCGGGGAAUGUUAGGUUUUAAGGCGUAAAGUACUGAAUUAAGAUCCGUAUCAAAACUCCGUUCUCGCUUAUCGUCGUGUGACACUUGAUGGAUUGAAAACUUUUACUUGAAAAAGCAAAAUCCCUACAAUAUUGUCGUCUAUACUUAUUGAUCGGAGGUGUCUGUCUAACUCUUCAUUGUUGUGGGUUGUGUAGCUGUAGUCUGUACCAUGGCCCAAACUAAACCACUCUUCGUACCUUGGUUGUACGAACAGAUCCAAAGUGGAAAGUACCCUGGAGUGUGUUGGAAGAAUAAAGAAAGGACGACGUUCAGCAUUCCCUGGAAGCAUGCUUUGAGGCAGGACUCUAACAAUGAUGAUGGACUCAUAUUCAAGGCAUGGGCUCAAACUACAUCCAGAGAUGGCAAGAUAAAUGAAGACCACUGUGUUUGGAAGAGAAAUUUCCGAAGUGCUCUUCGAGCCAAAGGCUUUAGGAUGAUAUUGGACAACAAGAAUGAUGCCGCUAACCCCCAUAAAGUAUAUAUAUUUCCAACUGAAUCAAAUUCUGCAGGCUCUGAGAGGUCUCAAGAAAAUGAUGACUCACAAGAACUGUAUUUAGGGGAUGAAGAAGUCUUCACCACUCUCCCAUCCCAUGAUUUGGACAGCUGUUUUCUUGACCUUAACCUCCAGGAUAGUUCCACACAAGAAGAAAGUCAUAGAGGUCUGGAUUGGCACGAAGGUUUUGUUGGACAGGUUGAAGAAGAACUGUACCAAGAAACCAGUCCUUUUGCUACACCGCAGUUUACUAAAAGGAGUUCUACAGAAAUGGUGCAUUCAGUACAGGAAUGUUACAGAACUUCAGCUGCUAUUAGUGGGUUAGAGCAGACAGAAAUGGGACAAUUUGAAGCAGCUGAAAGAACCGAUGAGACGGCACAAUACUACCCAGAUGGGGAACAUGUGGGUAAUCAGGCUGCUAAUUAUUGUGCGACUGGUACAUUAGAAACGUUUUUUCAGAUUAAGGUUUAUUACAAAGGGAAGAUGAUGUUAGAUCAUUUGUUGGAGAAUGAUGCUGGUUUCCGACUGGUGUAUCAGGGAAGCAUGGACUCCAGUGCAAUGGAGAGCACUGUGCCAGUGGUGAAUCUACCUAGUCCAGAUAAUAUUCACGAUCAGAUGCAGGCAACGCUUACUAAAGAAAUCCUGGAGAAUCUGGGGGGUUUGGAGCUGCGUAGAUCAGAUGGAGUGGUUUUGAGCCACCGUUGGGGAAAAAGCAAGGUCUUCUGGGGUCUUUGCAAACAUGAAAAGAGCCAAAGAGCCAGAGAACUCUCUAAAAACACGCCUGAAGUCAUAUACUUAUUUAAGGACUAUAUAUCAGGUUUGAUGGAGUUUAUAAAAAAUAACAGUGGACCGUCACCAUCUUACACCCUGUACUUCUUUUUGGGAGAAAAAUGGCCAGACCCUAAAAUGAAACCAUGGGAGAAGAAACUCAUCAUGAUAGAGGUUGUUCUGACUUCUCUGGAGGAUUUGAAGAUGAUGGCUGUUGCACGUGGUGCUUCCUCACUGCAGUCAAUGGAGCUUCAAGUCUCUUUGGAGCAAAUGAUGGAGUUGUGUUAGAAGGCUCACUUUAGUAAUGGAAACAACUGGGCCUCUUGAAUCGAAACUAUUUUCUUAAACUGUUGACUUGAGUUAAUACAACUGUACUAAGGUAAUAUUUAUAAUCAUGAUGCAUCCUGUUUGUUGUCUAAAUGACCUGAUUAUAUUUCUGUGUACACUUUUAAAAAGGAUGUGUUAGGCCCAAUUCUACCCCUUACCCCUACACUUUCCCCUACCCCUCUGUUUGGCACGUGAAGGGGUAGGGGUGUCUCAAUUCUCUUUUGGUUGAAGGGGUAAGGGGAAGGGCCAGAUAGCCCUUCAAACGAAGAUUUUUCGGGACCUCACUUCAAACUAAGGGCUAAGAGAAAUUUCCAACAUGGCUGCUCACUCGAGCAAGCAGACCCUAAUGUAAGUUAUUUUUGCCAUUAAUAAGGAUGUUUAGGACAAUUUUCCAUUUUAUGUAUGUUACAUUCAAUCUUGAGUUUGUAUUUACGGUGAUGUUCUUUUAACGUUUGCAAAAAAAUUGCUAAAGUUUGCUAGCGGACAGCACUGAUUGCACGAUAUUAGAAAAUAUAUUUUUAUGUCAUAUACCCGGUGCAUUGGCACAUGUCCUCUGACGUAACGUUAGGAGCUAGCAAAUGAUGAAUAUGAUGACGUAUACCAGUGUAGUGGUGGUGUCCCAUUUCUUAGCGGAAAAUUGGUAACCCUUCCCCUUGCCACUUUGUUUCAAGGGGCGAGGGGUAGGCGAAGGGGUAGAAAAUAGAAUUGGGAUUGGGCCUUAAUUAUUAGCACACUGUAAAUAUGCAUUUUGAUUUAUUUUAUGUUGAUUUUGUGUUAAACAAAUGAACGGGACAACACAUGUUCAGUUAAAAGUAACACAAAAUUCAGUUACUUGCUUCUUGUUGUUGGAACACAGCCUGUGUGUGUAGCUCUCUAGCUUGAAUCCGUUAAAAACAGAUGAACCAAAACACUGAACUUUGAAAUCUUCAUCUCGUUCUUCAAGCAUUCCUGCGCAAUGUGUGCAGUAUGGUAGCAUGCGUGGAUUAUCCUGUUGAAAGAAGCCACUACCACCAAGCCAUCCCAUUGUCAUGUAGGGGUGUACCCUGAAGGCUAUUUCAUAAAACAAGAGUACUAAAUAAACCAGGCAAUUUUGGUUUGUUAGUUAGAGCUGUUUCCCUGUGGAUUACUCACCUGUUCUCCCUGUGUGUGGAAUGAACUGUUUGUGUGCGCACCUACCCUCAGUCUCCCGGGGUCAUGUUGUAACACAUGCCACAUUUAAUCUAUUUGUGCGCAUUAAAUAACAUUGUUACAAGA